UUUAGAAUAUUGAGCGUUAGACCAGAUAUAAUUAAAAAGAAAAGCAGUUUUACGCAGCGUCUCUCUUUUGAGCAGCUUUGCCAUUAAUUUCUACCCGUAUCUGGUCUCUCUAUGUUACAUCAUUUAAUAAUAAUAAUGUGGUUUGUAUUUAACGCCCGCCAGAUGGUUAAUUUCUCAAAGACAUAUUUAAGACGGGGAUUUUGCAAGUAACAUUAGCAACAAACCGAAGUAGUUGGAGGCGAAACCUUUCAUCCACAAACAGUAAAUUCACAAAGAGCAAACUGUCAGGGGCGGCGCUUACGUCAUCUCUCCGCGUCACGUUUUCCUCUCAGCCGCGGAGGACAUUGAGCAUGGGACACCUUGAAUCUUUAUUUCUCCUCUUCGCGCCUCUCGUCUGCCUUCAUAUUCGAGGUGCUGUCGGUCACUCUCUUCCGUCCUGCCACCAGCAGCUGGAUUUCAAGUGCACCGAUGGCUCGUGCAUCUCAAAGCUGAACGUGUGCGACGGACACGCGGACUGUGAGGACGGAUCAGACGAGCGUCACUGUAGCCAUGUGUGGUGUAAGGAAGGUGAAUUUGCCUGCCACAGCAGACGCUGCAUAUCGACACGUCUCCUGUGCGACGGCGUGGACGACUGCAGCGACGGGAGCGACGAGGCCUCCUGUCACAACUGCACCGCUGGUUCCUUCUCCUGCGGGCCCUCAGACGCCUGCCUGCCCAGAAGCAAGCUCUGCGACGGAAGGGCCGACUGCAGAAAUGGACGAGACGAGACCAAGGAGUCGUGCGCUUUAGCCCGACCCCGUGCACAGACUCCUCUGCCAUGUGCAGCAUCCGAGUUUCGGUGCGGAGACGGGCACUGCAUCCUCCAGAGCUGGAGGUGCGACCACUCGCCGGACUGCUCCGAUGGCAGCGACGAAGACAACUGUGACCAGAACGAGUGCCAGGUCAAUAAUGGCGGCUGCUCUCAUCAUUGUGAGGACCUGCCCAUGGGUUUUCUCUGCAAAUGCCCCGACAACAUGAGGCUGGUGGAGGACAGUCGCUGUGAGGAGGUUGACUCAUGCCUGGAGAGUGACUUCUGUGAUCAGCUGUGUGUUCACAGAAACGGCAGCUUCGCAUGUGGCUGCCUCGAAGGCUAUGACGUGGAUCCAACUACAGGAGAAUGCAAGGCCAAAGGGGAUGAGGCUCAGCUUGUUUUCACCACAGACCAAGGAAUACAAAGAACAACCAUCACUGGAACUGAAUACAAGGAAGUGGUGGCUUAUUUACCAGGGCAGGGGCCCGUGGCGGCCGCAUCUUCCAACCACACACUGUACUGGGCCCCAAGAGGGCGAGAAGGCUCCAUAUACAGGAUCUCCAUGGAUGGAAAGCCGGCGGAAGUGCAGUUGGUGCUGAAAGCCCGAGGUUCAGUUUCAAGCCUGGCCCUGAACUGGAUCCACCGGCUUCUGUACUGGACCAAUAUAGAGAGGGGCUCCAUUAACGUCGCACUGCUGGACGGUUCGGUUCAGCAUCAGCUCAUCAGAGGACUCGAUAAACCCUCUGCAGUAGCUGUAGAUCCUCUCCGAGGGCUUCUUUUCUGGGCUCAGUGUGGAAGCUCCCCAAAGAUUGAGAAAGCUGGAUUAGAUGGUCAGGACAGGAUCGCUCUGGUCACUGCAUCCAUACAUCACCCUGCUGCCCUCUCCAUCGAUAUGCCUCGCCAGCUGCUGUAUUGGUAUGACCAGGGAACGAGAAGCAUCUCCAGAGUAAAUUUUGAAGGCCGUCAUCGCAAAACGGUGGUGGAGUCUAACGGCUAUCUGGACCGAUCAUUCGGACUGGCUGUGUUUGAGGGAUUUGUGUAUUGGAGUGAAGAAGUUACUCGCUCCAUCUGCCGAUCGAACAAGCACAACGGGAGAGACCUCCAAGUCCUGCAGCCUGACAUCACCUCACCGGGCGGUGUGGUCAUCAUUCAGCCCGUUCUUCAACCAAACGGGUCGUCCGCAUGUGGACGUCCGGGAUCGGUGUGCCAGCACGGGUGCAUCGUCGACCUGCUCCCUGAGAGUCUGAGGUUCAGCUGUGGUUUUCCGCAAACUCCUUCCGUCUCUAACACGGCUCCUAUGUCAGCUUUAUCUGAUCUGACAAUUCCGGGAAUCCUAUCUAUUAUCAUGUUGCUCGGUGUGCUGCUUGUGGGAAUUUCUCUGUGGUGGUGGAGAGAGGAGUUCGGGCCCACCAGGUCCCUCACGCCGCAGAGCUUCUCCCUCCACGAGUCCCGAGAUCCGCUCGUCAUUCGGGGGUCAAACGCAUAUCUGGUCAAGGAAACUCUGCUUAAGCUGGAUGAUGAAUGAUGGUGGUCAGCUGACCGGGCUUCUCCUGCCGAAGUCCCAACCCCGCAGUGAACUCAAGCUGACAGGACAACAAGAAGACAAACCACGGCUCAUCACCCGUCUGUGCCCCAACUCCCUGUAGAGGUUUAAAUCCCUUAAGUAAAGACUCAGGAGUAAAUAUCUGAGUUCAUUCCAGGCGAGGGAGGCCUUCGGUCAGCACCCUUUAGAAGGGUAUUACUUUCAGCCCUGGCAGCUGCACCGUAGAUUACAUAUUGUUUGUUUACUCUAAAAAUAAAAAGGAAAGAAGUUAGUUGCGGUUAUUGAAUUCAAAUCAGAUUUUUUUUUCUUCUGUAAAUAUCCACACAAAACAGUUAAAUGCUUUAUUGUUUAAUGUCUUGUUGUCAAGCAAUUAGCUUGUCUGAUUAACUACUGGCAGCACAAUCUGUUUAGAUUAGAACUGAAAUUAUCUGUUUAGCAUGAAACAUUUGGACUGUUGAUCAGACUAAACAAGCGCCGAGCUGAUUCUGAAUUUCUGACAUUUUUGUUUUCAAAGUCUUUUAGACAAAAUGUUGAAACAGCUUAGAAAAAAAGCAACACUUGACACACUCCCUCUUUUAGUGCUUUGACAGUUUCUUUCAGCAUAUUGCAGACUUUGUGUGUGUGUGUGUGUGUGUGUGUGUGUGUGUGUGUGUGUGUGUGUGUGUGUGUGUGUGUGUGUGUGUGUGUGUGUGUGUGUGUGUGUGUGUGUGUGUGUGUGUGUGUGUGUGUACAUACAUGCAUAUAUUUUCUGAAUCAGAACCCUUGACCAAUUUAACAAUUUUCUUGGUUUUCUUCUUGGCCUUUUGGUAUUUCAGGAGGUAUUUUUACACUCUUGUCAGUAUAAGAGGUCAGACAGUAAAAUAAGCAGUACUAAACGAGGUUGCCUUUCGUCUACUGAACCCAUAUGCAUUGCAUUAAAUGCAAAUGCACUGAGGUUGGAAAGCAGAACUGACAGUGAAGCAUAGUGGUCAGGUAAUUUACAUACUUCUGUAUUUGCUCAUUUCAUACUAAAUAAUAGCUGAAGCGUUUCGUAAGUAGACUAGUUUGCUUACUCCCAAAUCACGUUUUAGGCUGACAACGCAACAAGUAAUACAAAAUGGAAAAAAAAAGGCAACUGGACUUAUAGAGCUUUGAGAAGAUGUUUGUCCCUAAACUUUUCAUUACGAAUGGUACUCUGACAAAGCCAUUGUCAGUGAGAGACUCUUCUGAAACAAGUCAAGCAACUUUCCGAUGUUUUUUUCCUACAGAGUUUCCUCUUUAACCCUGGAUUUCCCCCAGGCUCUGAAAAAGCUACUCAGAUAAGCGAGGAAACGUCUUCUCAAAAAGUACGGUGGCCUCUUUAAAACGCUUUUUUGGAUUACCAUGACCAGGAUGACUGGCAACCUUUGCUGACAUCACAACAAGUAGUUAACUUGGCGUUAAGAGAGGAAACGGGGAUUAAAGAGCUUUGCAGACACUGUCCAAAGGUACAAAAGUAAAAAGUCCUGCCUUCUAGCACUCCUACACUCCAUAUAUAAAUAUAUAUGCGUGUGUGUGUGUGUGUGUGUGUGUGUGUGUGUGUGUGUGUGUGUGUGUGUGUGUGUGUGUGUGUGUGUGUGUGUGUGUGUGUGUGUGUGUGUGUGUGUGUGUGUGUGUGUGUGUGUACAUACAUGCAUAUAUUUUCUGAAUCAGAACCCUUGACCAAUUUAACAAUUUUCUUGGUUUUCUUCUUGGCCUUUUGGUAUUUCAGGAGGUAUUUUUACGCUCUUGUCAGUAUAAGAGGUCAGACAGUAAAAUAAGCAGUACUAAACGAGGUUGCCUUUCGUCUACUGAACCCAUAUGCAUUGCAUUAAAUGCAAAUGCACUGAGGUUGGAAAGCAGAACUGACAGUGAAGCAUAGUGGUCAGGUAAUUUACAUACUUCUGUAUUUGCUCAUUUCAUACUAAAUAAUAGCUGAAGCGUUUCGUAAGUAGACUAGUUUGCUUACUCCCAAAUCACGUUUUAGGCUGACAACACAACAAGUAAUACAAAAUGGAAAAAAAAAGGCAACUGGACUUAUAGAGCUUUGAGAAGAUGUUUGUCCCUAAACUUUUCAUUACGAAUGGUACUCUGACAAAGCCAUUGUCAGUGAGAGACUCUUCUGAAACAAGUCAAGCAACUUUCCGAUGUUUUUUUCCUACAGAGUUUCCUCUUUAACCCUGGAUUUCCCCCAGGCUCUGAAAAAGCUACUCAGAUAAGCGAGGAAACGUCUUCUCAAAAAGUACGGUGGCCUCUUUAAAACGCUUUUUUGGAUUACCAUGACCAGGAUGACUGGCAACCUUUGCUGACAUCACAACAAGUAGUUAACUUGGCGUUAAGAGAGGAAACGGGGAUUAAAGAGCUUUGCAGACACUGUCCAAAGGUACAAAAGUAAAAAGUCCUGCCUUCUAGCACUCCUACACUCCAUAUAUAAAUAUAUAUGCGUGUGUGUGUGUAUGUACUACUCCCAGAAAAUUAAUACAAAAAAUGUGAUAUAACACUGUAAUUAGUAGAUAUUUAGGAGUGUUGGAAGGCAAGACUUUUUACUUUUAUACAUUUUUUUUAUUAUUUGUAGAUAUAGAAACGAUAAUGCUGUACUGUAAUGGGAGCAGACAGGUGGAAAGGGUUUGUUCUGUCUGGUGUUUUCAUGCCGUUUCAACACUGGUACAAUAGUGGGUACGAAUAUUUUCUUUCAUGAAACUUUUCCUGGAGGUUGUUUGCUUUGAUUGUACAUUCAGACGGUUGGUGUUAAUAGUAAGACUUUCAGUCUUUUUGUGAAAUGCUCAACGAAAAGAUGAACCGACAACUAUCUAUUUCUGUGGGAGAGAAACCUGUUAAGUGCGUGCUGAAGCUGACGAGCUGUGUGACUGGUAUUUAUUUUUGUUUUGUCUCUUUUUGGGUGGCAUUGCGGUUGCUGUCCUAACAUCGGUUAAAACUGUUUAAUGUUGUAAAUUAAUCAAAUAAAGAACUUUUAUGGGAACUGGGAGUUCCCUAUAGGUUAA